GGGCGUUUCUCCAGGAGCAAAGCUGUGAGCUGCGACGCUGAGGAAGGGGACCCCAAAACGUCUGGCACUGCCCCCUCCAGGGAUCACUUUGGACCGCAUCACUCGGCCCAGCGGGAUUCAGAAACGCCGAGGGGUCAACCUGAUGGGUUUCGGGGUCAACGGAAGAGGGGAAGGGGAGCCCUGGCGGGGAGAACCCCCCGGUCCCCCGCCCAGCAGCUGAGGCACAGGAGGGCGGCCAUCUUGGCCGGGAGGGUAGGGCUGGGGAGCUGCGGGCGCCGUGCGAUUGGGGGGCUCGCCCGGAAGUGACGCCAACUACCCGGAAGCGGAGGGGGUUCCCUGGCCCACUCCCCCCUCGUUCGUUUGCUCCCCCGCUUCCUCCCCGCCCCCCUUCCUCUCCAUUCGUUUCCCCCCCUCCCCGUUCCCUGCCUUCUUCCCCCCCCCACCCGUCCCUCCCCCCCCAACCUCCGGAGCUGGGAAGAGAGUCAAGAUGGCGGCGAAAUCCGAUGGCGGUGGCGUGGGGGUGGGCUUCGCCCAGCUGCACAACCUGGACGAGGCGGUGGGCAGCGGCGGCGAGGAGGACGGGGAGCCCGGGGGAGGCGGCUGCGGCGGCGGCGGCGACGGCAGCGAGCCCGGCGAGAGCAGCUCGCUGCACAUCUGCCACUGCUGCAACACCUCCUCGUGCUACUGGGGCUGCCGCUCCGCCUGCCUGCGCUCCCUCCUGGGCAGGAAGCCGCGCCGCAGCGCCGCCGCCGCCGCCGCCGACGGGGGGGACCAGCCGCUGCAGCCGCCCGCGGCCGCCGGCGCAGACCACGACCACCCGACGCCUGCCACUCGGCCGGAACCGUCGCCGCCGCAGGUGGAGCGGCCGUGGCUCGACUGCCUGUGGAUCGUGCUGGCGCUGCUGGUCUUCUUCGGGGACGUGGGCACCGACCUGUGGCUGGCCCUCGACUACUACCGCAAGGGGGACUACGUCUUCUUCGGGCUGACCCUCUUCUUCGUGCUGGUGCCGUCGCUGCUGGUGCAGAGCCUGAGCUUCCGCUGGUUCGUGCAGGACUACACGGGCGGCGGGCUGGGCGCCGUGGAGGGGCUCAGCAGCCGGGGCCCCCCCAUGAUGGGGGCCGGCUACGGUCACGGCGCGGCCCGCGGCGGCCCGGGCGUGGGGGGCACGGCCACGCCGGGGGCGCAGCGCCUGUGCCGCCUCUCCGUGUGGAUCUGGCAGUCGGUCAUCCACCUGCUGCAGAUGGGGCAGGUGUGGAGGUAUAUCCGCACCAUGUACCUGGGGAUUCAGAGCCAGCGGCGGAAGGAACACCAGCGACGCUUCUACUGGGCUAUGAUGUACGAAUAUGCAGACGUCAACAUGUUGCGCCUCCUUGAGACCUUCCUGGAGAGCGCCCCCCAACUGGUGCUACAGCUCUGCAUAAUGAUCCAGAAGAACAGGGCUGAGACGCUGCCCUACUGCGGUGUGUGUGGGCGUCUCCUCGGCUGGCAGCCCCGCCCUGCCCGGCGCUCGAUGUCCAAGGUUUUGACUGUGUGGGUUUGUGUCUUUCCGGCAGGUGUCUCCUCUGUGACUUCCCUGAUGUCCCUGGCUUGGGUGCUAGCCUCCUAUCACAAGCUGCUGCGGGACUCCAGGGACGACAAGAAGAGUAUGAGCUACAGAGGGGCCCUCAUCCAAUUCUUCUGGCGCCUCUUCACCAUCUCAUCCAGAGUUAUCUCUUUUGCCCUCUUUGCUUCCAUAUUCCAGCUCUACUUCGGGAUCUUCGUGGUGGUUCACUGGUGUGCCAUGGCCUUCUGGAUCAUCCAUGGCGGAACAGACUUCUGCAUGUCCAAGUGGGAGGAGAUCCUCUUCAACAUGGUGGUAGGGAUUGUGUACAUUUUCUGCUGGUUUAACGUCAAGGAAGGGCGGACUCGAUAUCGAAUGUUUGCAUAUUAUACAAUAGUCUUGACCGAGAAUGCUACCUUGACGUUCCUUUGGUAUUUUUACAGAAACCCGGAGACCACUGACUCCUACGCGGUGCCAGCACUGUGUUGUGUCUUUAUUAGCUUUGUGGCUGGGAUCGCAAUGAUGCUCUUAUAUUACGGUGUGCUGCAUCCCAUGGGGCCGCGAGUUAAGAUUUUGGCCAGCUCCUGUUGUGCCGAGCUGCUCUGGGGCAUCCCUUUGCCCCCCGAUGUUGAGCCCAUGGCGCCUCAGACCCCUGGGUACCGGGGGACCCAGGUCACGCCUACCAGAGCCGUAACGGAACAACAGGAGGAUCUCACGGCUGACACUUGCUUGCCCGUUUUCCAAGUGAGACCCAUGGGGCCCUCUAUCCCGCCGGGGCGUCCUUACUACCCAGAAGGGCCCCUCAUUAAGAUUGACAUGCCAAGAAAGAGAUAUCCAGCUUGGGAUGCUCAUUUUGUAGACAGGAGGUUGAGAAGGACUAUUAACAUUCUGCAGUAUGUCACCCCCACUGCAGUAGGCAUUCGGUAUCGAGACGGACCGCUCCUUUAUGAGUUGCUACAGUAUGAGUCUUCACUCUAAGAGCAUCUUGACCCAAGUUGAGAAGGGAACCUUAAGUUUGGUUUGCAGUAAACACCGCUCACAAGAAAUAUAACCCUCCCUUCCCCCAAUACACAAAACCACCACCACCAUCACCAACACCAAUGCUACAAAAAAAAAAAAGAAAAGAAUAAGUCACAACCCCUUCAGAUAAGCUUUCUUUCCAGUCGCUGUAUGUAUACAAAGAUAUUCUCUAUGUUUUGUAAGUAAAAACAAAAAGAAAACUUUUCUUUUGUUUUUUACACAUAAGAAACAGUAUUGAAAAAAAUCCCACACUAUGGUUCAUAGGGUGGAGAAGGAGGAGUUGUCUCCACUCCAAAAGAAAAAAAAAAAAGUUUUAUACCUUACACCAAGUGUAGAUCAUUUACAGGAUUGGUGCUGAUUGAAAGAACAAAACAAAACAAAACAAAACAAACACAAACAAACAAACAAACAAAACCUUCAACUGCCUUAUGCCCUUAGGUGCUGAGUUUCAUUAAGUACUGUCAUGUUUCCUCAUGCAAAACUCUCUGGUGACUUUUGCUCCAGGAGAGGAAAAAUUAAACAAUCAAAUGAAACAGAUCUAGAAACAAAACGGAAACCAACCAACAAAAAAACCGCAAAGCAAUCAUUCUUCCUAUCUGAUUAUUUGUAUUGAACAAAACAAAUUUACCAAAAGCAAAGGCAUAGAAAACCCUCCUCUUUUUGGUUUCUCUCCCUGUCCCCUGUCCUUGCCCCUAACUUAUCAGCGCCUUCUAGGAGCCAAAAUGCUGGCUGUUUGAAACUCAGAUGGCUGGAAAAGGUACUUGAAGGCUGACUAUGUGCCAUUUUAGCAUUCACUGCUAAGAAUCGCAUUUGUUUCCUGGGGUAAAGCAAAACAGGACAAAACAAAAAGCCACCCCAAUAAUUCUAUAAGAACAGGAAAUUCUAAAGCAAAUUAAAGGAGAUUUCCAUUUAUGUAAUCAAAGAACAUCAGUAAUAAUAAAACUCAGCAUAGUAGCAAAAAGAAUGACAUCAAUUUAAAGGCACAAUACUUAAAUCAGUGACCGGCAAAAAUGAUUCGUUCUGUCAUUUUAAGGCCGUGAAAGGUAUACAUUUAUCACGUGUGAUAUUGUGUAAGGCCUCUUUUGUUUCCAUUUGGUGGGAAGCCUUAAAUUGAUCUGGAAAGAAUUCUUCAUUUUUUAUUUGUGCUUUUUAAAAAUAUUAACAAAAGAGGAAAAUUAGAAUAUAAAAAAAAGUCAAAUUGUACUAACUGACCCAUUUCAAAGACUGUUUGGUGCUUCUGUCUUUCACCAUUGUGGUUGGCUGAAAGUCAUUCAGCUCACUCGGUGCAUCUGGGUUGAGUGGGAAAUUUUGUGUGUGUGGUGAGUGUGUGUGUGUGUGUGCGUGUGCGUGUGUGUGUGCCCAUAGCACACGUAUAUAUGUGUGUAUGUAUCUGCUGCAAGGUCUUGCCAGAAAUGUAGAAAACGGAUAUAAGACAGACUCUGGGUAUGGCUGAGGUGGAGUAUAAGGGUGCUGGGGAGCGGGCAGCAGGGAGGGGGGGAUGGUGCUUGAAUAUCAGCCCCCGUCUGGAUGGCGAAACUCAUACCAGCAGCAGACUCUGGCUCUUCGAGGCCACGUCAUUUGGGUGAAGAUUUGAUUCAAUUAUUUAUUUUCACAUUGUACCAAGUCGAAUUUCUGGAGGUGUUGCAAGUAUGUUCAACCAUUUUUAAAUGUUAUUUUUCAAAGUAUUACUCCUGUAAGGAAUAUUCUGUUCUAGGGCAUCUUUUCAAUCCCAUUGUAUCUCUACUUGGGCACACACACACACACAAAAAAAAAAAAAAAAAAAAGGAAAAGAAAAAAAAUCACAAAAAGAAAAAAAAUCUCCACAAAAAGAAAGAUAUAUAUAUAUAUAUAUAUAUAAGUGUGUGUGUGUAUAUGUAUAUGUAUAUACACACACACACAAUAUUUUUCAGUAAAUAUCAUUUGUCUUUGUUGUGUGGAGCUGCGAUUUUUUUUAAAUUCCAGAUAUAACUGUUUAGGGUGCAAGACCUCAUAUUGAACUAUUCUCAAGAGAAGUUCAAAAACUGAGGAUUUUUUUUUUAUGUUUGUGGGUUUUUUAAAAAAAUUAUUAUUCAAAGAGGCUUCUCUUUCCCAUUCCCUCUUAUUGUUUAUCUAAAUCUGUUUAAAAAAAAGAAAAGAAAAGAAAAAAGAAAAAAAAGAACAAGUUUUCAAUUUCAUUUCAGUUGUAAACUGGAUGCUCCUUUUUUUUUUUUUUUUUGUUCAGAUUCCUUUGAUUUCCUUUAUUAUUACUAAACUUUGCAGUGCCGUCCUGUCCCCCUCCCUGACUCGGUUGUCCCCUCAGGUCCUCCCUGGUGGAAAGGAGGAAGGGAGGAGAGGUGCAGAAAGGCUGUGGCCCUCGUGCCCAUCCAUGUAGGAAGCAUGAUGCACAGAGCACACCUUGGCCUUGGCAAAGACCAGCCAUGCGGGACUGUCUCCGCCCAGCCCGGGACAGGCCCAUGGGCCACUCAACGAUAAAUUGGGAAUUCCGAUCCGGUCAGCGGUGCUUUUCCUUUUUAUUCUGCUUCCCUACCGAGGGCUUAGCUUGCUGCUUACUCUGCUGAGGCUGGAGGCGGUGAGGCCAUUUGAGAGGGGCCAUCCCAUCCUGGCUUGCUGGGGCCCCAACUCUUGUUUGCCUCAGCUCUGGGGCUCGGUGUGCCUGGAGCCCUCUAGACGUCCAUCACCAGAGCAAUCCUCGACCCUGAACCCCAUGCAUCCCUUUGGGACUUCUGCCACUUUCGCUUGUUUGCCUGUCCUUGGAUUUAUUUCCUUUCUCUUUCUGUUUCAUUGUGACACAGCCACAGGGUUUAACUGGCCGCUCGUGUUCUACUACUCCACAUUCAGCAUGUGUGUGUACGCGUGUGUGUGCGUGUGUGUGUUUAUGUUUACACGCAACUGAGAAAAUCACCGAAGUUCAUGGACGUGGAGCGCCAAAAGUUGGGGUGACAACUUCCAACUCAGGGAGGGCCCUCUGGGGCCUUAGCCACUGGGAACAAAUGAGAAGAUCACAGGACAUUUCAGAAAUCCUUUCUUUCAACCUCUGCUGGACUGGGCUCAGCAAGACACAGGCAGGAGGGCACACUGAUCCUGUGAAACGUUACUCCUCACCCCUCCAUCACGCCUGUUACUUUCCUGAGGAUGAAAAAUGAAAAUAUGCAUUAUGAGCAGCAACAGGGAAAUCUGGUUUUGCAUAGGGACAGAAGAAGGAAGACAAGUCUGGAAAGAAGGAGAAAACAUGGGAGGGAGGCAGGGACACAUAAAGAAAAUGACCAGACUUUUCAUCCGCCUCCUUGGUACCAUCAGCCUAUAGCAGGUCCUUGCGUUUCCAAUCAUCCGGAGACCCUCUGUCCACUAGUCCCGAGCAGCCGCUCCCCUGUGGUCUUCUCUCCCCCUCCGGUGUGCUUUCCCCCACCUCGCACAGCGGCUGGUGUUUUCCACCCACUCCCCUGGAAGGUCUUUCUCCUUACCUGGAAGACUCUGGUUCUGAAAGCCCAGACCUUCCAGGCUGCUCUGCGCCAAGGUCACUCUUUGAACUCGGUGAACAGCGGUGGCCUCAUCCCACACUGAGCAUCUGCUUUGUGUCUGCCAUUUGCUUGAGCGCCCGGCAAACCCCUUAUGGACCAUGAGGCGCCGGGUCAGGCUGCCCCCUCUGCCCUCCACCCCUAUCCCCAGGGGGGAUGAUGCCUGAUGAAAACUAAUUAACUCUCAAUAUUUAGUUCUGGUAGGAGAUGAGAGCGUUUUAGCAGGAGCUGUAGAAUAAAAUAGAAAGCUAGUCCCUUUUCUUUACUUAUUGCCACCCGCCCCCUUUCAUAUAUGCCCACAACCCUCCACAGAGACUUUGGCUCUUCUUUUCAUUCUCAGAUAUGUGGUACUAUCUCUAAAAUCUGGUUGAUUUUGUUAACAUCAUUUCUGUAGGUCCUGUUUCUCUGUUGCUCAGUGGGUGUGGCUCCUCUCUGGGCCUCUGCAUGAAAGGAAACCUCAUUCUGCUCAGAUACCAUCGAGGUGACAUCCCCUGAGCUGGUUGUCACAAGCCCAGGACAUCCCAAAUGGGAAUAUCAUGUCUCUCAAGGCCAUGAUGAAGGGAGCUAAGGAAGGUUUAAAUUCAUCAAAUGAGCCCCCACUGGCCUCACUCACCCUCAGAAUUUCUCUUAUCUCAAACACACUUCUCUACUCUUGUCUCUAGAAGGUUCACCUUGCCCUGCAAGGUCAGACUCGUCCAAACAAGUUGGGAACGAGCGGCGCUAUGGAGACCAGGUCCCAUUGCUCUUGAUGGCACGUGCUACCAACAUGUCCCUUUCCAGUGGAGGAAGGACAAUACUUCCUUACGGUCCCAGGGGCUCUCCCACUCCUGCCAGAUUCCCCUCACUCUACCUCCCCAGGCACAAAUUCAGCCAGUACUCUAUGGCCCUGGUGGCUUAGCUUGUCAUCACCUCAGUAACCAUGGCCCUUUGAGUCCCAGAGUGGUUUAAAAGAGUACAAAUACCUGUCUGGACCAUGGUCAUGAGGAUGAUUCUAUUGGCCUUGUGGCAUCUCAUGGCAUCAGCAUCAGGCCCCGGCCCAAUAAAAGCCUUAUUCUUAGAAAAAAUUACAGGUUUUUAGAAAACACCAAAUGACAUCAUCUUCUCAGUUCUCCCUCUACUUUUACUCCCUCCCACACAGUCAUAGUGGCAGAAGCAGAGGUUUCUGAUGCUGAUCUCGUUUGCAGAACCUCUUAAACAGACAGUGCCCUGCUCCUUUGUAUACACCAAAACUUCCCUUGCUGUGUUUAUGUGUGCGACAGAGAAAGCCUACUUCCCCUCCCCUAUCUACUCUGCUCCUUGCUUCUGGGGAUGGAGGGAUCUAUCAUGAGCCCCAAGCCCUGACGCCUCCAGACUGGAGCAACAUUUUCUCCUUUACCUAGGAACAGGUGUAAAGAAAGGACAGCAGUGUGCAGGCUUCGAGCCUUUGGUCUGGAGAAAAGGAUGCCAGAUUCCAAAGGACAAUGGGGCCCCAGCGUAGCAUACCUAUAGCGUCCAUGCCCUCUGGCUCCCAGCUUCGCAGAUGGGGUGAACUGGGUCAUCUAACGCUUGUUUAGCACCCAAGAUGGCAUUUUCUUUCCCAAGGAAAAUGGCUCCUUACUCAAAGUGAGCCUUUUCAGGCCUCUUGUGGGUGAUGACAAGCACCUUCACGUGGUGGCCUUCAUGAGGAUGCACUCUUUGUGGACACUCAUUUGAUUGUCUUAUUGAAAAGCUGAAACCUGUUAUUUCUUUGCCAAACAGAAAAAUGUUAAAAUAACACUAUCAGAUUUGCUUGGAUGAGGGGAUGGAUUUAAAUUUGGAGAGUGAAGAGAGCUCAUUGCAAUUAAUUUCACCUAGAUUCAAGGGAUGUUCCCAGUGUAGCCUCAGAAAACAGCCAGGGAAGUCUUGAAGAGUUCAGAGGAGACCUGGAAAGACCCUGCAUGAUGAAAGAGAGCACAGACACCUAGACUCACCCCAGUGGCCAGAUCAGCCUUAUGGGUAGCAGUUCUGUUCAUUUCAUUCUCAAACAUUUAUUGACUACUAGAUUCUGUCAGGCAGCCCUCCUUGUGAAGCACACACAAGUAUCCUGUAGGAAGUGAAUUUAAGUCAAUAUCAGCUCCUCUUACUGAAGUCCAGGUGUGAACGGGGUGAAUAAGAUGGGAAAAUUCUUCAAGGUUACAGUCUGUGUCAUUAUCUCCUCAUCCAAAACUGGCCACAGUCAGAGGCAACUUUCCAUUCUCAUCCGCAGGUCAACCUCCUGGACAUGGAAAUUGCAGUGGUUAGCCUGUCACAGGCUACAAAACCAUCAGUUUGUAAGAGGGCUGCCCCCAGAGCAUCCUAAAUCAAUGUGUGCCGGUCCCAGUUGGAAAACUUGUAGAAAGGCAACUCUGCCCUCUCAGAAAUUUCUUUUUUCUUUUUUUUUUGUUUAAGCCCCUCACUGGGGUAAAAAGAUGCAUUCCUGCAAUGACAACACAAGCCUCUUUCUCCUCCAUCCUUAGAUAUUUUAAAGAUUUCAUUUCCUGCUUAAACCACUGCAUCUUAUGCUACUGGCCAAAUAUCAAAAGACAAGGGCACUGCCUUGAUCUGCCUGCAGCUUUAUUUCUUUGCCUGCCUGGUUCUGUCUGCCUUACUUGACUCUCCUGGGCACCAUCUGCUUCUUCUCUGUCUGCUGGAAAGGAGUUGUGCCUUCUUGCUCCCCAUACCUUUCCUUGCAGUGGCUGGCAGGACAUGGCUGGUAUGUACUGGAGCCAAAGGUCGGGAGUGCUAUUAAUGGCAGCUCCUGAGGGCAGCAGACGGACAACCGUAGGAGAUCCCCCUGCACAUGGCCAACACCUUGUGUCAAGGGCUAGAAAUAGACCAAAUUGGAAAUGAGCAGGCAGAACCUAAGGGACACCUGCCCUGGCCUGCCUCAUCCCAUGCAGAACAAUAUGCAAGCCCAGGUAGGAGAUUCCUGCCCCUGCCAAUCCCUAACAUGAAUCACAAGACCCCACAAUGCAAACCGAAGUCAGUCAGCUCACCCAUGCUCAUCCAGGAAGGACUACUCCUAAAAUCCAUCCUUAAACCAAGGAGGACCAAAAAAUAAUUUCCUUUGGGUAUAGUGCCAAUUGGUAACCCAGUGAACAUCCCUCUAGAAGUAGCCUUCGGCCAUAUGUCAUGGUGGAUAUGGACAACUGGUCACCUAGUAAAUGACUCCCUUAGUCUGUUUCUCUAUCCCCAACAUAGUCCUGGCUGGGGUCGUCAGACCACAGUGGGGUUAAGAGAUUUGUUUUAGCUGUAGACCUCCUAGAAGCUUUUCUUUAGACCCAGAAUGAUCAGGAAAUAUCACAGGCUGAUUCAGGGUCCCCACUGUGAUCAUGGAUAACUCACUUCACCUCUCGGUGCCUUGGUUUCUCCAUCUGUAAAGUGGAGAGAGAGAAGGCCAACCUCUUUCUCUCCUGCUCAGGGAUGCUGUGAGGAUUCAGUCAUUAUUGCCUGUAGCAAAGGCAUCAUACAAGGAAUAGUGGUGAACUCGUUACUUGGAAAAUGGAACCACAGGAUCGUAUGUUCUCCAGGUGCAGUGGCACCUGGAAGCCCACAGGAUGAGCAGUACAGUUGGACAGGGAGAAGUCUCACAUACCUAUAGUUCUUAGAUACUUCACAGCACUGUGAACCCAGCACAAUGGUACUCUGGUCUGAUGACCGGGGGUCACCUAGCUCAAGCCAGCCACUUGUAAUCCUAAACCAAAUGUACUAAUAUUAAUUUUUCCUAAUGUAUCAGAGAAUAUAUGGAGGGAUCAGUUUGAAAACUGAUACUUACUGAGCUUUGGGCAGACAAGAGAAUGGGUGCAUGGGGAGCAUUUGGAUGGUUUUUAAGGUGGGCGAAAGCUCUUUAGGAACUAUCCCUCACUUUUGUUCUUUCACACAAUCUUUUUCAACCUUGAGGCUUUCAUCAUCAAAUGGGCUCAUCUUCUCUUUGCCUCUUUGCAGAGUAAAGAAACAAAACUUUGUUUUUUUUAAAAAACAUCCAUCAGCCAAAACGUGGGUCCCAAUUGUGGGUUUUAAUCAUUCCCUGGUGUGCUUUGAGUGGAGCCUACAGGCAAAGAUUCAGAGACAAACAGGGGCUGGGGAAUAUCACAAUGAUUUUUAUCCAAAUCAGGGUAUUUUUUCCUCAACAUUUGAAUUGGAAAAUUUAGUUGAGUUUCUUUUUCUUUCCUUUUUUCUUUUUUUUUUCUUUUUACUAUGGUUUGACUGUUAUCAAUUCAACUACCAAGAUACCCUUUGAGCAAGAAAACAGACCCAUGUUAAGAACCUUUAUGUUCUUCUUAGGACUAAACUAGAGUGAGGGUAGGUGGGAGCAGUGGAGAAGGACACUAGCACUCCAGGAGGACCAGCUGCAACACUGAUUUUCUAUUGGCUCUGAGAACCUUCUUGGAGAGGAAAAUUCUAGAAGCUUUACGUUCUGGAUCAGUCAACCUGGCUCUGGCUCUGGCCUUUUCCUUGGAGUUCAGGUGUUUUUGAUGUAAAAAUUCUAUUCCCACCCCCCAAAAGGCACCUUCUGAGACUGUCCCAAAGGAACAAAGAGUUCACCCAGGCAGGUUCUAGUUGUUGCUGAAAAGCCUCCUGCUCUUUGGCUGUGGAUCCCUGACAAGAACUCCUUUCCCACCUGCUCUGACUCUGCUCUCUAAGACUAAUAUUAUUGUUUUGACAGCACAAGGGACCAGACCAUAGUUCGGAAUUCAAUAAUGACUUCUGUUUGAUUUUGUAUCUGAUCAUUCUGUGGAUAGACCAAAUCCUGCUGGGAUUAUUUGUUUCCACAAGGUAUUUCUGAUAGUUUCCUGAAGGAAGGAAUAAAUGAGACCUCAGAUUGACUCCCUGUUCUCAUCGGCACUCCUUUUUUGACUGGGAUGGAUGGCAAAGGAAUUGUAUGGCAUUUAUGAAUGAGAACUUUGAAGAUGGACACGUGGAACCACAGAGAACAAAAUGACUCAGUAGAUGGGUAGGAAGAGUGAUAAAGAAGAGAAAGGCUUCCAGAAGUAUGUGGAAAGAAAAUAUUUGCAAUCAUCUAAUUGUUACUUCCUACACACUCUGGGACGGAAAUAGCAAAGCAUAUUCUUUUCAAACAGAGGAAAUCGAUUUUACUGAGUGACAUAUUUAAGCAUUAUUGUUUUACUAAAAGGUCAGAGAAAGCAUCUCAAGAAAAGAAAGUCACGUUCUCAUGAAUGGAUCAUGUCACUAGAAGUAGAAAAUCCAGGACUCUAUCCUUUUGCGGACCUAGGUCAAGUCACUCUUGGGGCCAAUUUCUCUUUCUGUAAAAUGGGAAGAGUAUUGCUUACUUACCUCACAGGGGUGUUGUGAGGAUAAGGUCAUUAAUGUCUUGGUAAAGCACUUUGAGGAUAAAAAGUA